UUUCAGGUUGUUAAGUAGGUGCUUUUUGAAGGGGUCAAAAUGAUUACCCUUAGGCGGUCUCGUUUAAAAGUCCUUGUAAUCUGCACUGUUGUUAUUGCGCUUUUUCUCAUUUAUCAGCGCAGAAGUGUUCACAACCACAGGGUAAGGAGACCUCAUGUACCAGUUGAAAAAGAAGAAAAUAUUUUGAAGCAUGAAGAUAUGGUGCCAAUUGUAAAUAAACCUGUAGCACCUGUUGUGCCCCAGAGUGUAGAAGUGCUAAGGAACAAAGCUAUAAGCAUGAAUUUUGAUCAAGAAAUGAAAAAUGUUGCAAAAUUUGGUAUGCAUGCUCCUGAUUCAGUUAUCUUUCUGUUGCAAGUCCAUUCUAGGCCGGAAUUUGUCCAGCAGCUUAUCAAUUCUUUAAGAGCAAGUACUGGUAUUGAACAUGCAACUGUGGUUAUUAGUGUAGAUGUGGAUUCUCCUGAAAUCAAUGAAGUUUUGGCACGUAUUGAUUUUUGUCGAUAUAUGGUUAUAUUUUUUCCAUUUGCAAAAGUGUUGUAUCCAAACUCAUUCCCUGGUGAAGACCCGAAUGACUGCCCAAAGAAAAUACCAAAGGCUCAGGCACUGGAAAGAAAGUGCAAUAAUGCUGAAUAUCCUGACAUGUUUGGAAACUAUAGAGAAGUUGAUUUUGUUCAGAUCAAACACCAUUGGUUUUGGAAACUUAACAUGGCUUUUAGUGGAAUCAGAGCUUUUAAUAACCAAAAGGCUCCUAUUAUUCUCCUAGAAGACGAUUAUUUUGUUGUUCCAGAUAUAAUUCAUUGUGCUAAACAGGCAGAAGAGCUUCGUAAAUCAAAAUGUCCGAGAUGCCAGACUAUCAGUCUUGGGAAUUAUGAACAGACACAAGAUUAUCAAGCACAAGGAAACCAGGUUGAAAUAAAGUCGUGGAUAAGCAGUAAACACAAUCUUGGAAUGGUUGUUUCCUCUGACUUCUAUAAUAAGAUUGCAAACUGUGCUGAACAGUUUUGUAAUUAUGAUGAUUACAACUGGGACUGGUCACUCCAAGCUGUUAGCCCUCACUGUGAGAUGGGUAAUCUUUUCACACUAGCAUUCAAAGCAACAAGAGUAUUUCAUUUAGGAUCCUGUGGCGUGCACUCCAAGGGAGAAUGCAAUGCAAAACAGAGUGCAGAGAGCAGGACUGCGCAACUGCAGAACCAAAAACUUUACCCUGAAAGUCUCCACAUAGCAGUGGAUAGUCCAACAGUGGUUCCUGCACCAAGGCCAAAUGGAGGCUGGGGUGAUCUUAGAGAUCAAACGCUUUGUAAAAAAUACAAACAUCUAAGUGAAGCUUCCAAAUCCUCAUAGUUUUCUCAUACAGAUAUUUAAUUACGUUUUAUGCACUUCUAUUUUUAAUAUACGGAUUCUCAUUUGUACGUUUUCAUGUAGAUUCCAGUAGAAGAUUAUUAAAAUUAAUUGUUGCCGAUAUUCUUGCUGUAAUAUUCAAAGGCAAAUCACAAAUUCUAUUUUUUUACCUUAGUUGCUCAUACAUAUUUUGUUUAAAAGACUUAAUUGAUUACUACACACAUGUACUGCUGGGCAAUAUUUGUAAUGUUGGAUUAGAAAAAAUUAAACUGAAGUGUAUAUUGUUUUAAAUGUGUUACAACUUUUUACCACAUACAAAUGAAUUCAUUUAAAUACCUUCUUUCCGAAUGUGACAGAAUUUUACUGUUAGAAAAAUUAUAAAUAAUAACCUUUUAAAUUAAUUCUAAUUUAUAUAAGUAACAGGACAGCAUAUUUAUUAGUAUGUGCUAUAACAGUGACAGUUUAACACAUCAUUAUCGUUUGUAUUAAAGCAAAGAGUAUAAUAUAUUUUGGUAUCUAGUCCUGUGCUGUAUACAGGGUAACAAGGCCACUAACAAUGUUAUCCAGGAUAAUUAUAGAUUUUGCAGUUCUUCUUGUUCUUACCAACCCUUGUACUAACAUCUAACGGUUAUUGGUGGAAAGUGUUACUUACUGUAUAUGUGUGAUUGUGAUGUACAACCAACUGUGCUAUGACGUGCAAAAAAACUAAAUAUACUACAGCAAAAGGAUGAAAGCUACAAAACAACAAAAGCACUGUAUUUUUGGACAUAAAUAUUUGGUACAAUUUUGUUCAUUAAUUAUAAAAGACGCAAUUUAUUAUCAAUACAUGUUUUCGAAUUUG